GUUCAAGCUAUUCCCCACUUGCGUUCCUCCCUUUGGGUUCCGGCACAUCCUCUCUCUGACAGACAAAGUGGAUCGUUUUAAUGAGGAGGUGCAGAAGCAGAUGGUGUCUCGAAACCGAGACGCACCAGAAGGUGGAUUUGAUGCCAUCCUGCAGGCUGCAGUUUGUCAGGAGAAGAUCGGCUGGAGAAAAGGGGCCUAUCACCUGCUGGUGUUUGCUACAGACGAUGUGCCACACCUGGCUCUGGACGGCCGGCUGGGAGGUCUUGUUCAGCCCCACGAUGGACAGUGUCACCUCAACGAACAGAAUGAGUACAGUGCCUCCACAAAGAUG